AAAAUGCUCUUAAAAUAAUAACAAAACUUAUAACUCAAAACUAUGUAAACAUUAGUUUACAGAAUAAACUGUUGAGUUGAGACGGGAAUCUCACGAUUUAUUCAAGAUCAAAGCAUUGUGUAAACAGCGCAUCUUCUUUUUUAAUUUCCUUUUUACAUGUGAAAAAUGGUUACCAAAGCUGCGGCUGUCUUCGUGCUGUCUUUCGCUUUUGUAGGAUAUUUUCUGCAAGCGUUAUGUUGGAAACGUGGAGAGAACAGUAGAUUCUUUGAUGGGGCCGUCUUCUUUCACCGCAACUUCGCGCUUGAAACAGAUAUUUUGAAAAAGGUGAUAACUUCAGAGGAAGUUCAAUGUGGCUUUGCCUGUUUGUCCGAAAACGACUGCAUAGCACAAACGUACUGUGUCGGGUCUUGGAACGAAACUAAGGGAACGUGCUAUCUCCAUAAAAACGGAAUUAAAGACGAACAAACAGUUGGUGUUCUCGUACGAAGAGAUAGAUGCACCUUUCAACAAUACAUCGAUUUUUACGAAGCUUCCUGUUCAAGGCAAUGCCGUAAUGGAGAGCAGUGUUACUAUGACCACGACAAUAGACGAUAUGCUUGCCUCUGCGAGCCGCCUUUUUCUGGAAUGUAUUGCGAGCAGGUCAAAGCGAUAUCGUACCGCUUCACCACUCUUGGCACGACGGGCAAUUCUGGACCGGUAUCAACCGCUGGGUACGCUGACACGUCUCUAGGUGGGGCAGUUACACUCAACAAAGGAAUUCAAAUCUGGACGGUUCCAUUUACUGCAUUGUAUACCAUGACCGUGGCGGGGUCUUCAGCCGAGGACGCAUUAUUCGUAAUAGGGGGACGUGGAGCAAUAAUAACGGGGACUGUUCGACUUACGAAGGGGACUGUACUUCACCUUCUGAUUGGUCAGAGAGGCCUUAAAGAAUCUUCCGCAACUGGAGGUGGUGGUGGCACAUUCGUAGUUUACAGCGAUGAUACGCUUCUGGCAGCAGCUGGGGGUGGAGGUGGGGCAGGGGGUCAGAUUACGUCAGAAAAUGGAUCGAAUGCCCACAUUGGCAGCAACGGAACCGUGCAUGGCGGUAAAAAUGGUCAGGGUGGGCAUGUUUGCGCCAACGAAAACAACUCUGCAGGGGGAGGAGGCGGAUUUAAAGGAAACGGAAAGUGCAGUUACAAUAUUUCGUGUACCCUCCCGCGUAAAUGCCACCAGGCUGGAGAGUCUUAUUUAAAGGGUGGUCUGGGAGGUACUGGAAAUGGUUCGGGGGGUUUUGGUGGGGGUGGGGCGGCAUACAACGAAUUUCCAGGGGGUGGAGGUGGGUAUUCUGGAGGGGGUGUUUUGGUGUCAUCCUUCGGUGCUAAGGGAGGAGGGGGCGGAUCCUUCUUCACGGGUGGGUUGAAGCCAAGUAAUCAAGUAAAUACUGGUGACGGAUUCGUGCUGAUAGAUUUUGAUAGCAGCUUAAAUUAGAAACAGAAAUGCAAGCGUAUCUACUACUUUUCUGCUUUUUUUUUCUCAGAAUCCUGUAGCCAUUUGUUUCGAUUUUAUUAUUGUAACCAAGCACCGGAAAAGCACGGAAUGCAUUUGUGCAAGCCAAAGUGGUUCUAGUCCAGCUGUGACCCUCUCUAUGUCACUCCACGCUAGGGGGAGAGGGCCCCUUUCCCCCUAGCGUUGCGUGACAGAGAGAGCGCCAGAUAGGCCUUUACACAAAUAUCACGUAAAAUCGCCUGAAUAUCUUCCCGGAAAUUCUUAAAAAAUUGUCUAAAUGUCACAAAAAGUUUUCUGAAUAUCUCGAAAAACCCUCAAAAGACCUCUAAAUAUCUCGUCUUUUUGUCGGGAAAAUGCACCGAUUUUCAAUCACUUAGGCCAAAAUUUAUAUUGCAGUAGUAAGAGUUGAGGAAGAAAAUUCGGGCACUUGGAUGUUACCAGCAUCCCCCAUUUUGGAAAAUUGCUGCUUUAGCGCUUCUAUUGAUAUGGAAGAGAUUUUUGGAGUGGAAAAUGGCUGAACUGGAUUGUUUCUUGCAUAGAACUGCAUACUGUUUCAAGAAAAUAGCAAGAAAAAGAAAAGCGCUAAGCUAAAAAGAGCUAUGAUAAUUUGAAAUAUCCUUAAAUUUUCAAAAUAUCUCUGAAACUUGUAAAUAUGUCAAAAAAUAUCCGGAUGUUUUGGG